AAAUAGAUAAAAAAAUAUAUAGAUCAAAUUCGAAAUUGAUUCAGCUGAUGGCUGAUCAUUAAAUUGAGACUAAAUGAAUUCUGACUUUUCGCGGAAGCUAUCCAAGUCAAUUCCUGAUGUACCUGAAAAAGCUGGAUCUAUGGGUGCAGGUGCGCUAUGCUCAACAACAACCAACCCUACAAUUACCUGAUCUAAUAAAAUCAAAAUCCAGGGUACCGCCACGCCAUGUGAUAAAAGGGAGAGAGAGGAGGAGAGAUAUUAUAAAUUACAACGACUCCAACGCAAGCGUUCACCAUCGCGUGAGCUGGCAGAGAAGUCGAGGAACUUUAACUGCGCUCACCAUCGCUGCCGGUACCAAAACCGGACCCGAGCUGGUUCCCAAGCUCGGGGGUCUUGGAUUUUACCCGGAAGUCUCUGCCUCCCUGAUGACUAAAGAUGUGUAGUAGGUGUG